AUGAUAAAUAAUUUAUUUUUAAUUUUCGACCCCUCAACUUCAACUAAUUUUAGUAAUAAUUGAUGAUCUUUAAUUCUAUGAUUUUUAAUUAUUCCUUAUUUUUAUUGAAUUUCUCCUUCUUUAUUUUCAAUUUCCUGAAAAAANCUGCUAAAAAUUUUUUUUCAGGAAAUUGAAAAUAAUUUAAAAUCUUAUAAAACAAAAANUUGUUUAAUUAUUUCUGCAAUUUUUAUUUUUAUUCUUUGUAUUAAUAUUUAUGGUCUUUUACCUUAUGUAUUUACAGCUUCUAGUCAUCUAAUUUUUACUAUGUUUUUCGCCUUUCCUUUAUGAAUUAGAAUUAUUAUUUUUCUUAUUUUAAAUAAAAUUAACAUAAUAAUAGCACAUUUUGUACCUCUAGGUUCUCCCAUUUUCUUAAGUUUNUUUAUAGUUAUUAUUGAAACUGUAAGAAACUUAAUUCGACCUAUUACUUUAUCUGUUCGAUUAAUAGCUAAUAUAAUUAGAGGUCAUUUACUUCUCCAUCUUCUUUCUUCAAUUUCUUUAUUUGGUGAAAUUUAUUUAUUUUUAUCAUUACCAUUUAUAAUAAUUUUAUUAUUAUUAGAAUCAGCUGUUGCAUUUAUUCAAAGAUUUGUUUUUGUCAUUUUAAUUUCAUUAUAUAUUAAUGAAACAUAA